AUGGCCACCGUUAGCUGCUCGCCAAGUUUGGCUGACAUUCGUGCUCUUCAAGCGGACAAUCUGGACCGUCUUCGUGACUCUCUUCAACAAAUCAACAUUCGUGAUGUUGUCCCACUGCUUGUGGCCAGAAAUGUGCUCAGAUCGUAUGAGAUGGGAGCUCUUUAUGCUAAGGGCUCCGACGAGCAAGUCGACGCACUCAUCGAUCUUCUGAAAACCAAAAAUCACUGGGUUGGACCACUUACCGAUGCGCUCAUCAGAAAUGGAAAGGCACCGAUUGCCAAGAUUCUUCUCGAACUCCAGAAUGGAAAAUAA